GCUUCCAUUGCCAAACUGUUCCCUUUUACCCAUAGGCUGAUUGAUCUUGGCUGUGUGAUUUUUUGCUUGGGUUUUUGAGCUGAUUCAGCGGCGCUUGCAGCCUCUUGAUCGUGGUCUUGGCUCGCCCAUUUCUUGCGAUUCUUUGGUGGGUCGUCAGCUGAAUCUUGCAGGAGUUUUUGCUGACAUGUUCUUGGGUUUACUGCUUUCGGUAAAUCUGAACCAAGAGGGGGGUUUCUGCUGCAGUUUAGUGGGUUUACUAUGAGCGGAUUCGGGGUUUCGAGGAAAACCGGCAAAAAACCUCAAAUCCUCGACCUUUAGUUUUGCUGCCACGUUGCUCCGCCCCAUUGCAGAGUUCUUUUUGCCCCCAAAUUUUUUUUUACUUGGUGCAGUAAGAAUCGCGCCUCAGUGAUUUUCUCGACUCGUAGUCCGUUGAUACUGUGUCUUGCUUAUCACUUGUUCUGCUUAAUCUUUUUUGCUUCCUGAGGAAUGUCUUGGUGCCUGUCGGUGGAUGGCGAACCAAAAAUGAAGGGUUUUUUUUUUUUGAACUGAGAAAAAUCUUUGGGUUUUUGGUUGGAUUCUUUCAUGGAGUCGCGACCUUCCGUAUUCUUCUCUUUGAUCUCCCCGCUUGCGGAUUCAUAAUAUUCGGAACUUCAUGUUGGCUCUGCUUAAUCUGUAGCCAAAUCUUCAUAUCUCCAGGGAUCUUUCGCUCUGUCCUAUCGGAUUUAGGAAUUAGGAUCUAACUGGUGCUAAUACUAAAGGUUCCUGAAAUUGAGUCAUGGCUGCCAAGCUAGCUCGCCUCCACAGUCUCCGCGAACGCCUCGGUGCCACCUUCUCGUCUCAUCCCAAUGAGUUGAUUGCACUCUUCUCUAGGUAUGUUAACCAGGGAAAGGGAAUGCUCCAGCGUCACCAGCUGCUUGCGGAGUUCGAUGCCUUGAUCGAAGCUGACAAAGAGAAAUAUGCUCCCUUUGAAGACAUUCUCCGGGCUGCUCAGGAAGCCAUUGUGCUGCCGCCCUGGGUUGCACUGGCCAUCAGGCCAAGGCCUGGUGUCUGGGACUACAUUCGGGUGAAUGUAAGUGAGUUGGCAGUGGAAGAGCUGAGUGUUUCUGAGUACUUGGCAUUCAAGGAACAGCUUGUUGAUGGACACACCAACAGCAACUUUGUUCUUGAGCUUGAUUUUGAGCCCUUCAAUGCCUCCUUCCCGCGCCCGUCCAUGUCCAAGUCCAUCGGAAAUGGGGUGCAGUUCCUUAACCGUCACCUGUCGUCCAAGUUGUUCCAGGACAAGGAGAGCCUCUACCCCUUGCUGAACUUCCUGAAAGCCCAUAACCACAAGGGCACGACAAUGAUGCUGAAUGACAGAAUUCAGAGCCUUCGUGGGCUCCAAUCAUCCCUUAGAAAGGCAGAAGAAUAUCUGAUGGGCAUUCCUCAAGACACGCCCUACUCGGAGUUCAACCACAGGUUCCAAGAGCUCGGUUUGGAGAAGGGUUGGGGUGACUGUGCAAAGCGUGUGCUUGACACCAUCCACUUGCUUCUUGACCUUCUUGAGGCCCCUGAUCCGGCCAACUUGGAGAAGUUCCUUGGAACUAUUCCAAUGAUGUUCAAUGUUGUUAUCCUGUCUCCGCAUGGAUACUUUGCCCAAUCCAAUGUGUUGGGAUACCCUGAUACUGGUGGUCAGGUUGUGUACAUUUUGGACCAAGUCCGCGCUUUGGAGAAUGAGAUGCUUUUGAGGAUCAAGCAGCAAGGCCUUGAUAUCACACCUAAGAUCCUCAUUGUAACCAGGCUGUUGCCUGAUGCUGUUGGUACUACAUGCGGCCAGCGUGUGGAGAAGGUUAUUGGAACUGAGCACACUGACAUUCUUCGUGUUCCAUUCAGGAGUGAGAAUGGUAUCCUCCGCAAGUGGAUCUCCCGUUUUGAUGUCUGGCCAUUCCUGGAAACAUACACUGAGGAUGUUGCAAACGAAAUUAUGAGGGAAAUGCAAGCCAAACCUGAUCUCAUCAUUGGCAAUUACAGUGAUGGAAACCUUGUUGCCACUCUGCUGGCUCACAAAUUAGGAGUUACCCAGUGUACCAUUGCUCAUGCCUUGGAGAAAACCAAAUACCCCAACUCAGACAUAUACUUGGACAAGUUUGACAGCCAGUACCACUUCUCAUGCCAAUUCACUGCUGAUCUUAUCGCCAUGAAUCACACUGAUUUCAUCAUCACCAGUACAUUCCAAGAAAUUGCUGGAAGCAAGGACACUGUGGGGCAGUAUGAAUCACACAUUGCAUUCACCCUUCCUGGGCUUUACCGAGUUGUGCAUGGCAUAGAUGUUUUUGAUCCCAAGUUCAACAUUGUCUCUCCUGGAGCUGACAUGAGUGUCUACUUCCCGUACACCGAGGCUGACAAGAGGCUCACUGCUUUCCACCCUGAAAUUGAGGAGCUUCUCUACAGUGAAGUCGAGAACGAUGAACACAAGUUUGUAUUGAAGGACAAGAACAAGCCAAUCAUCUUCUCCAUGGCUCGUCUUGACCGAGUGAAGAACAUGACAGGUCUGGUUGAGAUGUAUGGUAAGAAUGCACAUCUCAGGGAUUUGGCAAACCUUGUGAUUGUUUGUGGUGACCACGGCAAUCAGUCCAAGGACAGGGAGGAGCAGGCUGAGUUCAAGAAGAUGUACGGUCUCAUUGACCAGUACAAGUUGAAGGGGCAUAUCCGCUGGAUCUCAGCUCAGAUGAACCGUGUUCGUAACGGGGAGUUGUACCGAUACAUUUGUGACACCAAGGGAGUCUUUGUCCAGCCUGCAUUCUAUGAAGCGUUUGGUCUGACUGUCAUCGAAGCCAUGACAUGUGGUUUGCCAACAAUCGCAACAUGCCAUGGUGGCCCUGCUGAGAUUAUUGUUGAUGGGGUGUCUGGUCUGCACAUUGAUCCUUACCACAGUGACAAGGCUGCUGAUAUCUUGGUCAACUUCUUUGAGAAGUGCAAGCAGGAUUCAACCUACUGGGACAAUAUUUCACAGGGAGGUCUGCAGAGGAUUUACGAGAAGUACACCUGGAAGCUGUACUCUGAGAGGCUGAUGACCUUGACUGGUGUAUACGGAUUCUGGAAGUACGUAAGCAACCUUGAGAGGCGCGAGACUCGCCGUUACAUUGAGAUGUUCUAUGCUCUGAAAUACCGCAGCCUGGCCAGCGCCGUCCCAUUGGCUGUCGAUGGAGAGAGCACAUCCAAGUAAUGGAGGGGAAAAUAUGCAUCUUCAGCAGGAGAAGCCGUCAGCUGCAUUCGAAUUUGAUAAUUUUCUGUAGUUGUCAUUUGGCAUCCAUGUUUGCCAUGGAUGUGUACUAUGUCUAAGGUUUCAGUACUUUUGCGAGAUUUUGGGCAGUGCUUGCCUCAAAUAAACGCCGGUUCCUGGUGUUUAUCGUUCAGAAUUCAAUGCAAUGUUUUAUUGCCGCGCUUCCUCAAUCUGUCAUGUUGAAUGACCACUCCCUAGUGCCCUACUGUUAAAAAAGGUUGGUUCAAAGCCAUGGAUGAACCCAACAUUUUUGUUACCUUGUUCUUUUCAGAAUUUCCUUAAGAGUUGUGAUA